AUUUAUAUAAAAAACCUGCGUAAGUGUGCAAGUCACAUGACUCAAUUGUUGGUGCUAGCAUUCAGUCUACGAUAGCUUCUUUAUUGACGUAACAACCAAGCUACUGAAAAUGCUGGUCUUUGUUUUUUUGUGUUGCUUACCGUUUUUGGUUGCAGGAGAAGAAUGCAAAGCUUAUAAAGGUACCUCGCAACUCGAAUUAAUUGUAAAUUCUCACAAGGAUUGUUUUGAACGAUGCAAAUCCAAUCCCAAGUGUAUUCAAUACGAUUAUAGUCCGCCCUCAAACUGCAUGAACUUCAUAAUAAAUUCAGAUGUAAUAGACCCUCCUACCAGCAAUUAUGGCUUUGUCUUCUGCAACUGUUCACUUGGGUGUACAACUAUGGAUGCCGCGACGUACUUGAUGGUUAUAGCUCAAUCACCCGAGUUAAGUAUAAAUUAUUCUCCUUAUUAUACAUACAAGCAUAUUCAAACCGCAUUUAAAAAGGCUUUUGAUUGUUACAAAGCUUGUGCGAAUGACGACAGGUGUUUCAUGUACGCCUUUGAUGGAGGAAUCUGUUCAAUUAAUGUACCUACUGGAUCUGUCGUAGACCCAAACGUAAACAAAGCAACAUCAGGUUUCUCCUAUUGCAAAUGUGAUAGGUCUUCGGCAAUUACAACUGUGAACCCUCCUGUUAGUUCGGUUGGUUCCACAACAACAUCCGGUGUGCGUUUGUGCUACAAAUGCAAGAACGGCCCAUUUACUUCCAAAUGCCACAAUUGCCCCGCCCCUGAGGAUACUGUAGGCUGGAAAAAUACUAAGCUUGUCAAGUGCACUGGGCCUUGUGUGAAAACAACAUCUCUAACAACUUUAAGAGAAGAGCUUGAACGCAGUUGUUCAGACGGAAAGUUCCCAUCAAAUGUUAUUCAAGCUGAUGGAUGUGUGAAUUAUCUUGGAAAAAACACCUGUUUCUGCUCUAAAGACCUUUGUAACUAGACAAGCAUCGUUAUGGACAUCUGGAAAAGAGAUAAAAAAUUAAAAACUAAAAUUUAGGGAAAAAAAGAAUAAACCCAUUUUAGAAAAUAAUAAACGACCUAUGUAUAAAAUUCAAAUUAGGAAACAAGAAUUUGUAUCAAAUAUUUU